GCGCAACGUGUCGCCCGAAGAACUCCCGGCAGUGGAGGACGCUGCAAUCCUGCAACGGGAGCGGAAGUCCCGAAUAAUGGAGAACUACUAUGUAAAUCAUGGAUCGACGAUGCCGCGAGUCUUGGGGCCGUCGUUCGACAGUCUUCACAGAACACCCAGGACACAGCUCCCGCUCGCUCAAAGAGCCACUCAGGAACCAUUCUCUCCCUCGAGGCUCGGACCGCAGGUUCCGUCACCGCAGAGUGAAACGAGUCGAGCCAUGUGCUCAACGCCGCAAAACCCUGUUCGACCCUUGACUAGAACUCUGUCCCAGCUAUCGUUGACCUCGAUUCUCACAACCGCCUCGUCGAUGAAAUCCCAGAUACUCAAGACGAACGAUCUCAGAAGCUCAUUCAGUCCCAAAAGUCGUAGACACAUCGCAGACAGCGCGAAGCAUCUCGGAAGCAGCAAGCAUUUGGAGCCAAUUUUCUACAACGCCUUAUUGACUUCCUGCUCCGAACGGUAUUCUGUGGUCGAUCUAGGGCGCAGUGUGGUCAAAUCACAGAGGAAUUGCACCAUCCAUGCCUUAGAGUGUGGUGACCGUGUUUUAGUAGAAUUCCAAGGUGGCUUAGUAUUGGAGGACGGGAGUAGUAUCGCUAUCCUGGAGGGAACCGUGAUUGCAACUUCCAGUGAAGCAAAAAAGAUCACCGUCAUGGAGCACGAGUCCGUGAACUUCAGUCUCCGCGGAGGAGCGAUUCCAGUCAAUAUAAUUUUGGUGAAUCGUUUAUAUUAUGAGAAGAAAUAUCACCAGCUCGCUAUCACUGGAUUCACUGAUUUGAGCGUAGAAUGCACGUUGAGAGUCGUUCAAGGGCCCCCGCAGAGCGCGAAAAUGACUCACAUUUUCCAGCGUAUAAAAGAGAGUAUUCCCACGAACAGCCGUCUCCUCAUUAUCGGGGACCACGUCCGAGAACGUGUGAAUGUACCGUCGUAUUGCAAUUUCCUGAAUCUGCGUAACCUGCGACUAAGUAAAGAGCGGUCCUUCGAAAGCGAGGAACAAGUCGAAACGAUACGAUGUCUCCGGGAGUGUCAUUUCGAGUACAGAGACCAAAUUCGGAAAUUGGAGAUGCAGCUUGAGGUUUUCUGCUCGGAAUACAGCAACAAAGCGGCACAAAUGGACCACAAGGCGUCACGAAUGCAGGACAUACAAGAGACUGUUUCGAAACUCGGAGCUCUCAAGGAUCUUCUCACUGAAACCGAUAGGAACCUCGGGGCUAGUGUCUUCACAGAUGUCACGAUCAUUUACGGCACAAUCGAAGACGUAUCGAACAGCCUAUCCCUUCUGACGCAACUCGCCCCCGCAGCUUCUGUGGUCUUGGACGCAGAAUCGCUGACCAGAGCGCAGCUCAGUGCGGUUCUGAGGGUCCACAAGAACCAUAUUUACCUAGCUUGCGACACUCCGUUUUUCUGGGAUCCGGUGAUAGUGUGGAAGCAUAAGGAGUCUUCGAAUUUCCUCAGACGGAGCCGAAAAUCCGUUUCAUCAGAAUUCAUCAAAACUCUGAGAACUUUCAUCGACACGGAUAAAGUCGACUUCCGUUUUUUCUCGAAUCGGGAUGUGAAUCUCAAUAAGGGUCUUUCACUACUCCUGACGUGUUUCAAGCACAAUGCGUCCAAAUCCGUGAGCAAGGUAGAGAGUCCGAAUAACGUGGUCCUGAUCAGGCAUUCGAUGGUGGGUGAAGCAGCGAUUCGUUUCGAGGCGAACUUCAUCGCAGAUCUCCGUCGAUUUUUCAUCAUGCGCGGAGAUCACGACCAUUUUGGCUGCUGCGUCACCGCCGAUGGGAACCUGCAGGAGUUGCGGAACGCUCUACAAAACGGAGUGAGAUUACCGGGAAUCGCCGAAGAGAACGGACUGUUCGUUAAACACACGCAGACCUUGGUGUCGCUGCACAAUUUGACCGCGAAGAGCCUCCCGAGCCUCUACAGACUCGUCAAGUGCACAACGCGAGAGUUCUUCAUGGUCGGCAACAUACAGCAACUCAGAAAGGCGGAUGAGCAUGUCAACAAGUUCCUGACAAACCUGUUGAAUGCUAAUCUAGUUCGGAGGAACAUCGUGUUCACUUGUCCGAAGCAUCAAUGCGACGUCUUGCUUGGUGAAGGCAAGAAUCUAAGAAACCACAGCGGCUGUCAGGAGAUCUGCAAAGUUGUCCUAUCCUGUGGACAUCUGUGCCCCCAAAAAUGUCACUUCCACGAUGAUCAAACGUUCGACGAAUCUUGGUCACCCUGUAGAGAGAGGUGCAAGAAGAUCCUACCGUGUGGUCACCCUUGUCCAUAUAGCUGUGGGCAGCCGUGUAUCGACAGAUGUCAAGAUAGGGUCACGGUGACACUGGACUGUGGACACAACGCUACUGUGGAAUGCUGGGAACGAGGCUCUUCGGGAACUCUCUGCCUUAAACCGAAAUGUCACAAGACAGUUGAGGGAAAGGGGGAAACGUCUCCCUCCAGUGAUAAUCACGGAUUUUUCUCUCGACUUCGGAAGCCUUUCCGAAAUGACGAUUGACAGCGUCCGAACAUGAGAGCAUUGACGCUCCGAUCCUGCCAAUUUAAACCGGGACUAGAAAAAAGGAAACAUUGAGUGAAACUCUAGAGGGAAAGUGAGCGGUCUCCGAUCUAUUCGUCACCUUUCGUAUUCUUACCUGAUUGAUAUUAUCGAGACACCGCAUCGAUUUUCACGAUGUAUACAUGAUGAAUUUAUAAAUGAUGAGAUAAGUCAACUCAUUCUACAUUCGAGUGUCUCAUCCUU